UGGAAGCUUGCGUCGCGAGGGACAGGUUGAUCAACUUCCGAGAAGAUGGGACUCAUUAGAAACUACCUCGUAAGCCUAUUUCUCUACAUCUCCAUCAUCAACGAGAUUCGUCAACCUGCGGUGACGUGUCAAGAUGAAGAAGGCAGCCAAUGCAUACCAAAGAAGACCUUCAUGGCACUGUUGCGCUUACCGGAAGUCAGCUCGAAUCUGGCAGCCUAUUCGAGAACGGCGAGGAUUAUUCAGGAAACGAAGAAUCAUAACGACAUGGCUCAUUUGAAAGCUUUCAGUUCAGAAGAAAACGAGGACGCCGAAAUCUGCAUACCCACUGGUGUUUACCUGGAGCUUUUUAGGAACCCGGCAUUGCGAGCUCAUCUUAGUGUUAUAGCGCGUACUCACAAGUUGCCCGAAUUUCCCGGACGUCUUCUGGACGAGGAAAUUAAUUCGAGGGACCUAAUUCCCGAAUCGGAAAAACGCAGUCUCGCUACUUUGGCCAAGAACGAUGAUUUACCGAUCACUCUACAGGAACGCGAAGACGAGAGCGAUGACGAAGAAAAAAGGAGCGCAUCUCCUAGAUUUAUCGAAUUAAGCGAUAACAUGGACGGAAUGAUGCGUGAGUUGGUGGACGAGGAGAACCGUCAACGGGCGUCCGAGAUCUACGAUUAUCUGUCCGAGCUGGAUCCGGAGGUGGUCGAGUACCCGCUUGACAAACGUAACAUCGGUUCUCUGGCGCGUGACUUUGCGUUGCCUACGGGCAGACGUCACAUCGCCUCGGUGGCUCGCGAUCACGGUCUACCGGGCGGCAAGAGGAACAUCGGUGCCCUGGCUCGACAGAGCAUGUUACCGUUGAACGGCAAGAGGAACGUCGCCUUGCUGGCGAGAUAUUACAUGCUGCCGCAAAACGGCAAGAGGAACGUCGCGGCUCUGGCCAGGGACUCCUCUCUGCCUAACGGCAAACGAUAUCUCGGUUCGUUGGCGCGAAGCGGCGGCUAUAUUCCUGUCCGCCAGGACGACGAGGAGGACAAGCGCAGCAUCGCCUCGUUGGCGAGAAACGCCGGCUGGCCGGGUAUCGUGAAACGAGGACGCAUGGCACCGGGAAGGAUAAUCGUGCGAGUGCUCAAUCGUCACGGGAGAUCGUUGAGCGACGAUCACGAGGCGCACAGCGAGCCCCUGGACCUUCAGCAACUCAUCAGGCAAGGACAUAACCAGGACAAAGAGAACGAAUGGCAGACUACUCCUUUCAGCGUCUCGGAGGAUCUGGACGAAGGCAAGGCGAAGAAUAGGUCGAACAGGAGGAUGGACGCCACGUCGCAGACGAGGCACAAGAGACAGAUCGACUUCUCCGAUGAAUAUCCGCUGCCCGUCAUGCAGAACACCAAUAUACUCGAUUAUGAGGAUAUGAUGGAAGCGCUCGAGCACUAUCCGAACACGGAGAAGAGGUUCUUGGGUUCCGGGUCGGAGUUGCCGGCCGAUUCGGGCUAUCCUGAAGUAUUGCAACUGAGUAAGAGACAUAUCGGGGCCCUCGCACGCCUCGGCUGGCUUCCGUCGUUCCGUGCACCACGAUUUUCUCGAUCACCGCGAUAUCUGGUCGAAAGGGAGAAUCCCGCAGAUGGGUCCUCGCCCAACUACACCCCCGACGCGUCGACUCGGUCGCUAAAACCGAUAUUCACCCCGAAAACUCGCUACUUGCAGUCCCUGCACGGAGAUUGUCGACACGGCUUCAAGAAGUUCUUGCUGUUACCGGAUAUGGAUAACUUCCUACGGACGAAUUCUCGCAUCGCGCCCCACUCCAUGUAAAAUCUUUGUUUCGCUGCUCAUCCAAGGCAGCACCGUACGAAUAUUGAAUAUAUCAGACUCACUUGUGUUACUACCGUGAAAUUAUAAAAGAAAAGACGAGGGGAAAGUAACACGAAGACUAAACCAGUGUAUAUUCCGAGAGUCUGACGUUCUUCCUUACUAACUAUUAAUCAUCCCUUGUCAACAGUAGAUACGCGAAUAUUUCUAUCACUAUCAGAUGAUAAUCCGUUGUCAGUUAUAUAUAUAUAUAUAAAAUUUACAAGAAAAUUUUAUCGAAAACAUUAAAUAAAUUUAAAAUUAAAAACAGAUUGCAUAAUAAAAGUAAGGAAGUCCGUUGUGUAAUUAAGCGACAAUCUAUAAAUUUGGAGAAAAUUAAUUUUGUCGCAGAAUCCGUCGAUGGACAAUAAGCUUACUGCUCGCCGACAAUAAUCUUACAAUAAUCCUAAUGUAACGCCUUAAAUGUGCCAUUUGUAUCAAACAGAUUUAAACUAUUAUCCAGAAAGCUUAUCAUGUAUUUAAAAGAGAUUACAAUUUACAGUUAUAAAUUUUAGAUCUUUGUUAUAUUUGACUUUGUUAUUAGAGACUAUUACAAAAUUUCUGCAAGUACAUUUCUUAAUAUUUAUAUCUUCAUACUUCUCUCAAUGUCGACGUGUAACAAAUAUAUUGCUGUGACUUUUAUCAUUCGUAUCUUUUUAAACAAGAUGAGAAAUGUCUUUACGAUCGCCGAUCAACUGAUCUGCAACAAUAAUUAAUCAGCUUAUGAUUUGACAAUAUUUGACAAUAAUUUGACAAUAAUUUUUUAUCAUUAAUAAUAUUUGAUUCAGCAGUGUCAAGUCAUUUUCGAAAUGAUUCAACGAAAAAUACAAUACUUUGGUCUCGUGGCUUCUCGUCGCGAUAAUACGAAUGGAGGAAGACAGGAUAAAGGAUGUGGCCACAAUUUGGUCAGUACUACUUCGUAAUAAAUCAUCGUGAGAUCGAAAUAUUAAACGAAUGCAGCCCCGAGAAACUGUAUGUCACUUUGACGAUUAUUACUUAGCCCAGAUUUGCCGAUAAAUCAUCACGAGAUCGAAAUAUUUUAUUUGCUCCAACGCUUCUCUGGCGACCGUGUUAAGCCAUAGGAUCGUAAAAAAAAGGAUUAAGAUUCGCAAUUCAGAGAUUAUUACCAGGCGUAAAAGCAUAAAUCGUAAUCGAGCGAAAUAUUCCAGAAAUGGUUGUUUGAAAACAGAAUGAUAUAAAUUCGCAAUUGUGAAAUAUGCGAUACGAUUAUGACACAUUAGUUAAUCGAAAAAAUUAUCGUUAUUUUUCAGAUAUUUCUCAUCCUGUUGGAUUAAUAUUUCUACGACUCAUGAUGUGUGAUUUUAGGUACUUGUGUUAAGAAUCAGAAAAGCAAUGGAUAUAUUCUUUAAUUUUAUUAUUUGGUUAAAUAAGAAUUAUAAUUUUUUGAAAUAAUGCACAAUUAUUUAGAACACAAUUUUAAUUCUUUAUAGGAAAAAUAAAAUAAUCUUUGAAACUCUUUUUC